AUGUCUGACUUCCCAACCUACACCAAGCAGUUCAACAAGGACGCAUACCGCAGUGCGGCUGCCUACAAGUCGCACCUCGAGACUCAGCGCCUGAAGGCGUCACCCACUCCUCGCCAAGCGGCCCACACCAUCACCCGUCCGGCCCCCCGUCCGACCUUCCGCACAGUCCGCUACAAAGCCCCGCGCGCACCAGAGUCGCCCAGUUGGAUGACCGACGAGGAGGUGAAAGCUUGGUUCAGAGAAGGUGAGGAAGAGUAUGAGGUCCUGAAGAAGGCCGGUUACUACAACGACUAUGUCCCUGCCGGCGGCGGUCCGAGCCGCGGCGCACUCGCCGACACCAACACCAACACCAACACCAACACCAACUCGCUGCCGAAGAGAAAGACGGGCAUGGAGAACUCCAUGUGGGCGCCCAAGAACCGGCCCCUCGCACAAUGGAACCCAGCUGCUAGACCCUACCGCCCUGCCCUGACCAACACCACAACCAAUGCGCUGCUGCCGAAGAGAAAGACGGGACUCGAGAACUCCAUGUGGGCGCCGAAGAACGCCAAGCUAUCUGUCUUCACGAGCCGUGGCUACUAA